GGCCAAUUUUAACAUUGUCCUUUCAUUCUUUUCAGAGUGAAAGAGAUGGCUGCAGCCGGCACUGGAGCAGUCUUCUUCUUAGGAUCAAGAGCCCACUACCAAGUACUACAACAGCCAGAGACCAGGUCUUACGACGUUGAGAACGGUAACACAUCCACUGAGACGAUAUACCAGAACCCGUCGGUGCAAGAGCUGUGGCCUGCGAGCUCAGAGCAGCGAGCUACAGACGGAACAAACUGGAGUUAUGACAACGCGGAUGUGACACUCUCUGACGAAAAAGACAAAGAGGACACGAGUAGUGGUACGACGAAAAGUCGCACAAAACGGCGACAGAGCGAGGCGACACUGUGCGAGCGGGACAACGAGAUGAGACCUGCCUUGCUGAACGAUAUUGGCGGAAGCUGCAUGUCUGGAACCAAGCCGUCCCGUCGUAACAUAUCACUCCUGAGCUUCUUGUCUUCACUGGCCAGAAGGAAGAGACGCAUGGAUUCUGGCCAGAUACAAUACUUGCAACAUUUGGAAAGUGCACUCAACGUAUGCAGUUACAGGGAAUCCUGCAGAUGCCUUGAAUGUCAGAGUCGUUAUUUCGAAUGCGACGAGAGCGAGGGCUAUAGUUCUGACGACGGCACUGAUGAACCGCCCCGAUAUUUUGCGCAGCCGUCACAACCUGUGCGCGAGUACGACGACGAUGAUGAGGUAUUCGUCGACACAGUACCAGGAGACAACACAUCCACAGACAUGCUGCUAGAAUCCAAGGAACCCGUUAAGAUGUCCGUCUCAUCCGACGAGGUAGAGUUGGAAGAGGACGGUGAUAUGCAACUUGAAGUGGCAGCCGGCACACCAGUAUUACUGAACUAUUUACUGACUCAUCCCAUCACUUGUGCUAUACAAUAACGCUGCUUAAAUUCUUUAUAAGACAAUCGAUUUAAAACUGUAAACCUCUUAGGCUCACCUGCACAAAAAAUAUUGAUUCAAAUCAAGAGCUGUAUUAGGCAGAAAGUUAAAUCAGCUAUUUUUGAGGCGUAAAUGAGUUUACCUGAGGCCAAAGCACGAACUUUGACAGCAAGUAAUCGUUUCGCAAGGUCAAAGUUUCUAUGAUAACUUACCGGACGUAAAAACAAACUGACUUCUUCCAUACAGCCGAUACAAUACGAUUAAGGGUCUGUCAAAGUUUGUGGUUCUUGGGCUUCUGUUCCGCACAUCUCUGUCAAUUGUUUAAAGUCAAAUAGAGUUGAAAUGAGGCUUAAAUUAAGAUUUAAGAUUUUAGUGCAAGUGGGCCCUACUUAUUAAUUAGUGUUGACUUAUCAGUUGGAUGUUCUUGUUAUUUUUUAAGCAUGCAACUGCAAAAUUUUUCUUUAGAUUCUUUUUGUUAAAUUUUCUUUAGAUGGACAGUUGGAAUUGGAAUACGACGAGAUUCAUUCUUUCGACGACUUACGAGAUGGUUGAAAAUGGGGCAAAAUAUCUGAAAUUUUAUUUACUACUUCUAUUUGAUUCCAAGUAGUAACCUAAGUUGCAGCCAAGCUAGGUUAAAAGAAAAGAUAAUUUUGCCGAUACUAGCAUGAUUCUCUAAACUUAAAAC